UUUUUAUCCCUAGGGGGAAGAAGAAGACCUAACUCUGACAGCUACAGCUAAAAACGACAAGUUCCAGAACGAGAAAAUUUUAAGUUUUCCCCCUAGGUUUUGUGUUUGAAAUAUAUGUAGAAAUUAAAAAGGUAACAUAGAUAUUUGACACAUUAAAAGUUCAACAAGAAACUAUGAUGGAGACAGCGCCCACCGCUGAUUUGGUAUAUCAGGGAAUAUGUACACUCUUCCACAAUCAGAAUCCCAAGGAAAAGGAAAAGGCCAACAAAUGGCUGGAAGAGUUUCAAAAAUCGAUUUACUCCUGGACAAUAGCUGAUGAAUUGCUGCAACAAAAGAGAGAUUUGCACUCAUGUUACUUUGCUGCCCAGACAAUGCGCAACAAAAUACAAAAUUCUUUUAAUGAAUUACCAUUGAAUUCACACGAAUCAUUAAGGGAUUCGUUGAUUGCGCACGUAGGACAAAUCACCAAUGACACGGAUACAAUUAUAGUGACUCAGCUGUGCUUGGCCGUUGCUGAUUUGGCCCUUUUAAUGGCCUCAUGGAAGCAGCCCAUAAUCGAUCUGUUGGAUAUGCUUUCGCCACAACCUCAAUCGGUGUGGCCGCUGUUAGAAAUUUUAACCGUGAUACCGGAGGAAAUUGAUUCACGAUAUCUACGCUUGGGGGCUAAUCGCCGUGAGGAGAUUCACAAGCAGCUGGAUGCUGCUGCACCCAAAGUCAUGGAUUUUCUUUGUAUGUGUAUGCAACAGCAUGCCGGUGAAAGUGUUGUUCAAGAGAAAAUUGUGAAUUCAACAUUGCGGUGUUAUUGCGCAUGGGUGGCAAUUCAAGCUAUUCCACUCCAGCAGGCGGCGCAAAAUCCUCUCACUCAGCAAGUAUUUCAGUUGCUUAGCAUGGAGAAUACAUCACGUAAAUUGCACGAUUCAUCGACUGAGUGUCUGUGUGCUUUACUGAGCUGCAUGGAGGCCAAUAGUGGGCGUGACACCCUGGAUCCGCAAUUGAAAAUGCAAAUCUUUAAUGCCGUCUUUAUGCUAGAAACAUCCUACCACACAUCGGUGGGCAUGGAAGAUAUCGAUAAAAUUAUGAACUAUUGCCGCAUUUUCACUGUGCUCUGUGAAGCAUUUUUCUAUGAAAUGUUUGCCAACGAAGAUAUACCUCAUUAUUCCAUUAAGGGUUUGGAUUUAGUGCUCAUCUGUGUGGGCCAUUAUGACUACGAAGUGGCGGAAAUUACCUUUAAUCUUUGGUAUCGUUUGAGUGAGGAGCUCUUUCAGCGGAAUAACGAUAAGCUGACUUCGCAUUUUAAACCACACAUAGAACGAUUGCUGGGUGCUUUAUAUCGUCUGACACAAAUGGAACCUGAUCAAGAAGGAUUGAUUGAUGAAAAUGACAGUUUUAAUGAUUUUCGACGAAAGGUUUCUGAUCUAAUCAAGGAUGUUGCAUUUAUUGUGGGGUCUGGAAAUUGCUUUAAACAAAUGUUUUACAAACUCCAGGAGCCCGGCUGUACAUGGGAAUCAACUGAGUCUGCACUAUUUAUUAUGCAAAAUGUAGCCAAAAAUAUUAUACCUGAUGAAAAUGAAGUUAUACCCAAGGUUGUGGAGGCAAUUAUAAAUCUUCCCGAAAAUACCCACAUAGCAGUACGAUACACCUCAAUUAUGUUGCUGGGUGAACUGUGUGACUGGAUAGAAAAUCAUGCAGAAAGUUUACAGGCUGUUUUGAUUUUCCUAUUGAAUUCGUUGCAGCAGAAAAAUGGUUUGGCAGCUGCAGCGGCUAUUGCAUUGACCUCAAUUUGCGCAUCGUGCCGCCAGAAAAUGAUUUAUCACAUAAGUGGUUUAGUGGAAAUAGCUAGAAGUUUAGAUAGCUUUGAAAUCAGCAACGACUUGGCAAUUGGCCUGCUAAAAGGCAUAUCAUUAAUACUGUCCCGUCUGCCGAAACAACAGCUGGAAACUGCAAUGCGAGAAAUCAUAUCAUUCCAGUUCCAGCCCUUGGCCAUCAUGGUGGAAAGCACUGCAACGGCGCCCAUUUGUAAGGGCGAACGUACAGAUCCUGCGUAUUGGGUGGACAGGGCAUGUGCAGUAAUACGUCAUACCAAUCCUGAUGUUAGCGACAAUGAAAUCCAUCCCACAUUGAAUAUACUCACCGAAGCUUGGCCCUUGAUAUCGCGAGUAAUGGAUAAAUAUCAGAGAGAUGUACGUGUCAUGGAGCGAACUUGUCGUCUAAUACGCUAUAGUGUGCGCAUGGUGCGUAAACAAGCCUCAAUGUUAGUUGAACCUCUCAUCCAUCAAAUGGUCACCUUGUAUGCUAUGCAUCAUCACAGUUGCUUCCUGUAUUUGGGUUCGGUAUUGGUUGAUGAGUUUGCCAAGGUUGAGGAUUGCAUUAAUGUGUUAUUGGUAAUGCUGAAAUCGUUUAUAGAGCCCACCUUUAAGAUGUUGCAAGUGGAGAAUGGCUUGAAAAAUAAUCCCGACACUGUUGAUGACUUUUUCCGUUUGUGUUCGCGAUUUAUUGAUUGUUGUCCUUUGCCAUUUUUGCAAAGUACGUUGGUAACGCCAAUCUUCCAAUGUGCCCUACUGGCAUGUACUCUGGAUCAUCGUGAAGCAAAUUCAUCUGUAAUGAAAUUCUUUUGUAACUUAUUAAAAUGGGGACGUAGCAACAACUACAAACUACAGGAAUGCAAACCCCUGGUUCGAGAAAUAGCCGAGCAGAAUGGUGAAGCCCUAGUUAUUAACUUGAUACAGGCAUCAGUGUUUUGUUUGCACUCUUAUAUGCUGCCUGAUGUUGCCGAAGUCCUGACCGAGCUAAAGGAUGUUAUAAGCCACGAACAGAUGGAGGCUUUGCUGAAAGUUGCACUACAAAGUUUGCCAAAGAAAAACAGUGGAGGCUAUGUGACAGCCACAGACGCACAAUUAUUGGAUUUCCAGGAGGCGGUUAUGAAGUCAACAACAACUAAAUCCGUAACCUUGGCUUUGAAAACCUUUACAAGAUUAUAUCGCUGAAAAUAUUUUGCGAGAACAUAAGUAUGUCUAUUUGGCCCACAUAUGGACUGUAACUCCACGACGCCCCCUCCCCCUAAAUUUUAAAAUUUGAAAAAUGAAAAUUACCAUCAUCAAUGCUACUCAUUCAUUUCUCAAUAGUAAUUUAUAUAUUUGUAAAUGUUUAGUUAUACUCUUCUUCUAAUUUUAUUUUAACAAAAUAUGUAAUUUGUUAAAAACAUUAUUUUUUUUAAGAAUCCAAACUACCGUCAAAGUAAAUGUAAUACGUUUAUAAUUGUAAGUUAUGCAGUGUUUUUUAAAAACCAAUUGAAACGAUGUAAAAUGAAGAAAAGCAUAACUAUUUUUAAUAGUAUGUGUGGAAAUCUAAAAACAAAAAUGGAAUCUUUUAAAAUACCAUAGAACGGAGAUUUUUUGAAGCAAUUACAAAAAAAUACAGACCUAUUAAAUUUUUAGUUUUAAAUUAAAAUAGAAAAAUACUAUGGAAGCAGAUAAGUUAAUGUGUUAAUAAAAUGGCAUCGAUUGAAAAAAAAAUGAUCCAACAAAUAGUGACAAAUGUUACAAGUGCACACAA